CAAGAUGGAAGCUGGAGCGAAAACCAAGACAAAUAAAUGGCGGCCCUCGGCUUUCAGUCCGACCUCCUCCUCCUGUUCCCCUGGCGAUCUUUUGUUCUAAACCCUAGCCCCAAGAUCCAGGGUAAGAGGAGGAGGCUUGCUCUCUCGAUUCCUCCCAGCUGCUCCCGUCGAUCUCCCGAUCGGCCGCCUCCGGAUGGUCCAAAGAAGAGGAUCUCGGAGCAGUCCUCAUGGGAGUCUAAGGACGCGGACGGGAAGGACUACUUGUACCGGCUCGGGCAGGAGGCCGACAACAUGAACACUGCGGUCGGGGCCCGGAAAGGGAUCGUCGAUGAUCUUUUCGUCGGAGAGUUUCUUGGAAAAGAUUCGGAUAUUGUUUUCGAUUACAGGCAGAAGGUGACGAGGUCGUUUGAGUACCUGGAGGGCGACUAUUACAUAGCUCCAUUUUUCUUGGAUAAAAUUGCAUGCCACAUUGUGAAGAACUAUAUUGCGCAUCUCCUCAAUGUGAAAGUUCCUCUAAUACUAGGUAUCUGGGGAGGAAAAGGCCAAGGAAAAACAUUUCAAACUGAACUUAUUUUUCAGGCAAUGGGAGUCGAGCCAGUCAUUAUGUCUGCAGGAGAACUUGAAUCAGAGAGAGCAGGAGAACCAGGCAAGCUCAUACGUGAACGGUAUAGAACAGCUUCCCAAGUGAUCCAAAACCAGGGAAAAAUAAGCUGUUUGAUGAUCAAUGAUAUCGAUGCUGGCCUGGGGAGAUUCGGAAACACACAAAUGACAGUCAACAACCAGAUUGUUGUUGGAACACUGAUGAAUUUGUCAGAUAAUCCUACAAGGGUGAGCAUUGGGCAGAAAUGGAGAGAAUCAGAUGUUACACAUAGAGUUCCCAUUAUUGUAACUGGAAAUGAUUUUUCAACACUUUAUGCUCCCUUGAUUCGGGAUGGAAGGAUGGAGAAGUUCUAUUGGCAACCAGAUCGUGAAGAUGUAAUCAAUAUUGUCCAUUGCAUGUAUGCUAAAGAUGGAAUUUCUAAAGAUGAAGUCAUCAGCCUUGUAGAUACAUUUCCUAACCAAGCCCUGGAUUUUUAUGGUGCACUGAGAUCCAGGACAUAUGAUCAGUCAAUCUCCAAGUGGAUAAGUGAUAUUGGUGGAUAUGAAAAUCUUGGUGAGAAACUUCUAAAGGGAAGGAAAAGCAGCAAGCUUCCUACAUUUAUUCCUCCUAAGCAAACAGUGGAGGCUUUGCACGAAUCGGCACGUUCUCUUGUCAAAGAGCAACAGUUAAUAAUGAAUUCCAGACUCUCAAAGGAAUACAUGAAAAAUAUAGAUGACUAGUUAAGGUCAUACAGCACAAAUGAGCUGUUGUGAUACCAACUGCUGUUGGUGCUACUACUUGUAGAGGAUCUAUUUGUAUCCCUGUAUUCUGGAAAAUGGACGCAGGAAGCAAUACCGGAAAUGGAAGCAGAAAAGAAAUCCUAGGACAGGUUCGGCAGGAAUGGAAAACAUUUUCUUGCAUUCCCUGUUACCAGAUUGUAAAUGCUGAUAAUGGCAAGCAGAUAGCUACUUAAUUAUGAUUAUUCUGAUUUAUGUUGCUCUUCAAUUUUUUCU